CAGACCGUUGUUGGACUCGACAACCCAGUCUCAACGAGGGAACACCACAGUUUAACUUCAAUACUGCUGGACACACCCAUCGGGAGUUCCCUUCCCUAGAGAUCCAGGCACCGGCUUGGAUAUCCGCGUUGGGACUGGAACAGUGAAAUACAAACGCGGAGCUGGACUGAGUUUCUUAUCACAGGCCUGCGUUAAUAAGAUAUUAAACGAGUAUAACGGUACUCAGGACAAGUUACCAGUCAAAGUCGAAGAGCGGCGUAUUGUUGUUGUGCACCCCCUCUGCUGAGGCGCGCGAGAGGAGUUGUACAGCGCGUGGAGCAGUGUUGUAUUUUGAAAAGACAGUUGCUGUCUGUCACCGGACUUUUACAGAGAGGACAGCCGUUAAGAGGAUUUCUAACGUUUUAUAUGUGUUCUGUGAAACAGAUAACUACUUUGUGUUUUAAUAGUACCGGCAUAAAUGAAAUACUUUCACGAGAAGCACUUGCGGUCAUUGACGACCUGCUUAUAUUUUGUGUUUUUUUUUGUGAAAAGUGGAAAGGGGGAGUGCCCUAGACCACAGGGACAGAACAACAUGGUUUUAACAAAUGAAGCUCUCCUAAUGAAUCAUUUCCCAGAGGGCUCCACAGCCACGUUUGAGUGCUCCAACGGGUAUGUCAUUGAGCAGGGGUCUGGAAUUGUGCGCUGCACCUCUGGAGCAUGGAGCGAGCCUCAAAUGACCUGCCAAAAAAAGGACUGUGGCACCCCUAAAAAAAUUCUGCACAUGAAUUAUGAUCUAAGCGAAGGCACUCUGUUUGGUGCAAAAGUGAGGAUGUACUGUGAUGAAGGGUUUCAACUGGAGGGCACCAGCUACAGACAUUGCUAUGCAACAGGCUGGAGUGGCAGAGCCAAGUGUGAAGACGUAAUCUGUGACGAACCCACAGAGAUAAAGAAUGGCACGAUAGUGUCAUCACACACAGGUGAUGUAAAGUAUCUGGAGGUCGUUGAGUACUCCUGUGAUGAAGGUUACACCCUCGUUGGAAACAACUCCGUAUUUUGCAAUGACAAUGGUGAAUACAGCAGAUUGCCUCCAGAAUGUAAAGUUAAAACAUGUCCUACCCCUGACAUACCGUUCAGCAUUCCAACCCAAGGUGCACCACCAUUCUUAUAUAAAGACACCAUGUCAGUUACAUGUGAGGAUGGGUUCAGCUUGCGAGGCCCAGCACGUCUGCAGUGUGAGCACCACGGAUGGUCCUCACCUUUUCCACAGUGCAUCAGAGAGCCCAGCAGCAUUGGUACCACAGAGGCAGAGACCAGCACCAACAGCAAGUCUCCUUCAGAAAAGUCUUCGAAAGCCCCGACCAGACCUACACCAACCUGGAUACAAGGGAAACAUGAGAUUAUAGAGAAGAACGAACAAGAGGACAUGCCUGCAAGAAACAGUGGAUAUACAGUGGUCAUUAUGAGUGUGAUCUCCACUGUCAUAAUCGUUGUAAUACUACUGUACAUAUUACACCGGUUUGUUAAGAGGAAAGGCUCAUACCACACGGGGGAAGACACCAAAGCGGACUUAGUACAGUUUCACUAUUAUAAAUACACACCAAGGUACCAGAACGUUCCUUUAUAUGAACACAAUCCAAACAGCUAAUAAUUCCUUGUUAUUUCUCAGUGUUUCUCAGCUGUUAUGUGUUGUGGUCUGCUCUGUCCUAAGUGUGUCCAUGCCUUCCCGCCUCCAGGACUCCUGUUGGGGCUGUGGGCCAGCCUGUGCCUGGCUCUCUGAGGGGAGGUGGUGGAGGCCAGGUGAUCCAGUCUCUCUGACCGUGACCCCGGAUCGGCCUCGCACCACAGCCUGCCAGCGGAGCCUCCUGGAGGCCCACAGGGAAACUCACCUGACCCUCUGAGGAACGCUGCACCCUGGGACCAUUAUGAAGGAAAAGUGUAAUGUCAAUUGUACAUGUUAAUUUUAUUUUAUUAAAGGCAAUAUUUACA